UACUGGGUCUUAGACCACUGGUGCUCUGAGAACUUCUCCAGCACCAGAACAGAUUGUAUGGGCUUUAUGCUGCAGACCAACUAGACCUGACUGUUUUCACUGCCUGGUACAACAAGCAACUGUAUCUUUGAUCUCUUUGAAGUAAAAAUGGAUAAUAUAGUUACUCGAUAUAAUCGUGGAAGCAAAGAACUGGUGUUCCUUAAUGAACAUAAAAGUAUAGAAGAAUUAAGGGAGGAGGAAUUAAAUGAACACAUGUGGAGACGGUAUCUCAGAAGAAGACCUCUACUACCAGAAGUGAAAUUAACCAUCUCUAAACUUCAGCAUGUCACAACCAAAACGGGAGUGAAAGGAAUCAUUAGAAAUGGAUUUAAAGGUGAAUACUAUGCUAUUGGUAAUUGUAAUUAUGGUCCUUUUUCCUAUUGGAGUGGUGUUGUUGAUCCUGAAGAAGUAGAAACAGAAAUAAGUGACUGGAUUGAAGAAAAUACAGAACUAGACCCAUCGGACAUGAAUGCUAAUUCUCCUGCAUUUUCAGAAGAGUCUCUCUAUGGAAAUUAUAAGUUCUCCUUGGACUUUGAAGACGUGCUAAAUGCCUACGAGUAUAGGUUUUGUGGUGGUGAGAAUGCUGUUUUCCGGGUGUUCGGAAUGUCCUGCUUUAAGCAGCAAAUUGUGUAUACAGUGGUUGUUCACAGUCCCUAUGAGGAUCAGUUCUGUGACUUUCCGCUUCUUCCAAAUGAUCCAGAUAACAGCAUCUGUGGCCUAGAGGACGAUACCAUUUUCUGGUGGCCAGAAUCUGUUAGCAGCUUCAAUGAAUAUAACGAUGAUGAAAGCAUUGAUUGGAGAAAAUAUUUUGUAUGGGAUCAUUUGGUGUUUGCUUUCCAUGUUGAGCAUUACUUCCAAUUUACCAAAGUAUUCCUCUUAAAGCACCUUACACCAUGCCAACUCUAUGAAGUAAAUAUAUGCAUGGAAAAAGAAACAAGACGUACUGCCAAAAAGUUCAUCAAGUGGCUAAAAUACUGCAAUAGAUAGUGAAGGCACAAACGGGUAAUAGAUGCAUUACUUUAGGGCAGUAUCCAUACAUUUACUUUCAGCAUUUUUAACCAGACUGCUCUAUUAAUCCAUUUCUUAAAACCUGCUUAUUAUAUUUCAAGAUCGCCAGGCAGUUGGCUUAAAGUUUUCAUUGAAGGAGUGCCACGAGAUUACAAUUAAAAAAAAGUGCUUUAUACUAACUUUUGUCUGCCUGCUAAGAAACACCAUCUGACCUUGAGUCCCAGCACAUGAAAAUAUUGUAUUUUUCAUUUUUAGAUCAUCCUCCUUUACCUUUUUAAGUUAAAGUGUUUGUCUAAAAAUGUUCAUGUUGUCAGUAAUAUGCUAAAUACAUGCGUGUAUUUUCACAUUUAUAAAAAGUUUGUCUGAACAAAAAAUUGGUAGCAUAUCCAUGAUUACAGUGCAAGGUAACAUCUUGCAUAGUAUGCUCCUGAGACAUCUUUCUUAAAUAAAGUUCUUAUAUACAGUACUUGCUGGAUUCCUGAGAGCCUUUGUGUUGUAUUAACAAAGUGAACCUGAGGUACUUCUCUCUUAGAAAACGCAUACAUUUGAGUUGUAUACAAUCCACCUUAAUAAAAGGAUACGUCUC